CAGCGUCUCGAGUUUGGAAACGAAAGGCAUUCCUGUUGACAGGGAGAAUCCUUGGUCUCAACCUGCAUCAAGGAGACAACAGACUGAGGGAACCCUUGGAUGCCACAACAAAACAAAAACAAGAAAAGCAAAACAGACCAAUAAAACACAGGGGAGUACUUGAGCAACUUGGAAGGUAAACAAAAGCAGAGAAGCCAUGCUGGAGGACAAAAAGACCAAGGUGAAGAUCACAUUCUUCAUCAUCCUCGUGGGGAUCUCCUCCAUGUUCGUCGCCAUAGUGACGGACCACUGGGCGGUCCUGAGCUCCCGGCUGGAGCGGCUGAAUUCCACCUGCGACACGGCCCACCUGGGGCUGUGGCGGCUCUGCAAGAAGUCCAUCUUCAUUGCCGAGGAGGACCACCAGGGCACCGCUUGUGGGCCCCUGAGCCUGCCUGGAGCAGAGAACUGCUCCUACUUCAGGCACUUCACAUCAAAGGAGGAGGCGGAAGUGUUUGAGUUAAACACACAGAAAGAGUACAAUCUCUCUGCUGCGGCAAUCGCCAUCUUCAGUCUGGCCUUCAUCCUCCUGGGGACAAUGUGCCUCCUGGGUGCCUUUGGGAAGGGCAGAGAUUACCUGUUGAGGCCAUCUGGCAUGUUCUAUGCCUUUGCAGGUCUCUGCAUCGUCAUCUCCGUGGAGGUGAUGCGUCAGUCGGUCAAGAGGAUGAUCAACAGCGAACUGACCAUCUGGAUGGAGUAUUACUACUCGUGGUCCUUUGCGUGCGCAUGCUCAGCCUUCAUCCUCCUCUUCCUCAGCGGAAUCAGCUUACUGCUGGUGUCCAUGCCACAUAUGCCCCGUAACCCCUGGGAGACAUGCAUGGAUGCCGAGCCUGACACCAUAGACUAGUCUCACUGAGGCCAAGUCAGGAAACUUCACUUCCUUCUCUUGAAGGAGGCCCCGUGCAAUUGCUGCCUUUAUGCUAAAUCUGCUUCUCUCUGGUGCCAAUAAAGUCCACCUCACUCACCUGAAAAUACAUUGGAAAUAACUAGCUAUAACUUGCUAGUAUUGUGUCACUCCUCUCAGAACUUGAAAGAUGUAAUUAGUUUAGAAAUGCUCAUUUGUAUCUUUUUUUUCAGUUCAGAUCAUGGAGCUUGAUAGGUCAGCCUGAGUGUGUAUGAAAUGGGGGAGAUCAGCAUUCAUUUUAUCAUCUAAUAAUAGUAGUAAUAAUAAUAGACAAUACGUCUAUUUAUAAAAAUGUAAUUAAAAGUUCAGUGUAUUUCUUGCAGUGACUUAUUAUUGUUGUCUGUACUGAGCUGUUAACAAUAAACUGAAUAAUAGUUUACAAUGUUCAUUCCAUUUGAGAGGAACACUGCACAGAUUUGACUAUUUGUUAAAUCAUUCCCAUGUUAAACACCACUUAAGUUUAUGUGAUGUGGGUAUGUGAGUCAUUAGAGCAUGUGUAAACAAAUGUAUCAGAAAUCCUUUGCAUUUAGAUUCUUUUCAAUAGAGGUAUAAUGUAGAAGGCAUCCACUAGCUAAAUUCAUGUCUGUCACAUAUUAAUUCAAGAAAAAAGAAAAUCACAACACUAGCACUAAUAGUCAGUAAGUGCUGUAACUUUUUAUUAAAGAUAAGCCAUAGUAAACCAAGUGAAAUAUAGAAU